UGGCAAUUUGGCAUAGACAGAUCUCUCUCUCUCUCCGGUGCCUAAAUUCAGAAGACCUGGAAUACAGAGAGAGGGUUGAAUUCUACAGUACUCCCCCCUUCUCUUCCAAGAAUCCAAGGUUUUCCGCUCUGCGAAACCCUAGUUUCCAUGUUCAGUGCGUAAUAACAGAUCGUGAAUCCAAAGAACUCGACAUCAAUGGCGGAACUAGGGCAACAACAAACGGUGGAGUUCUCCACUCUGGUGGGCCGAGCGGCAGAGGAAUCGUACCUCUCUCUUAAGGAACUAGUGGAUAAGUCCAGGUCCACCGAGCAGUCCGAUUCGGAGAAAAAGAUCAGCAUCCUCAAGUUCCUGUGCAAGACUCAGCAGCGCAUGCUCCGGCUCAAUGUUCUCGCCAAGUGGUGCCAGCAGGUGCCCUUAAUACAACAUAGCCAACAACUUGCAUCAACGUUGUCAAAUCAUGAUAUGUGCUUCACUCAAGCAGCAGAUUCCCUUUUCUUCAUGCAUGAAUCGCUCCAGCAAGCUCGCGCUCCUAGCUAUGAUGUUCCCUCUGCCAUUGAAGUCCUCCUUACAGGAAAUUACCAGCGUUUACCAAAAUGUGUAGAAGGCAUUGGUAUUCAGAGCACAUUAACAGUAGAUCAACAGAAGCCAGCUUUGAAGAAGUUAGACGCACUUGUGAGGUCAAAGUUACUAGAAGUUACACUUCCCAAAGAAAUAUCUGAAGUCAAAGUUUCUGAUGGUACUGCCAUACUUCGUGUGGAUGGGGAAUUUAAGGUUUUAGUUACUCUUGGAUAUCGAGGGCAUCUAACAAUGUGGAGGAUACUGCAUUUGGAGCUGCUUGUUGGUGAGAGAAGUGGGCUUGUGAAGUUGGAAGAAUCGCGAAGACAUGUUCUUGGAGAUGACUUAGAGCGUAGAAUGGCAGCUGCAGAAAAUCCGUUUAUUAGUUUAUACUCUGUUCUCCAUGAGCUUUGCAUUGCGCUUGUCAUGGACACUGUCAUAAGACAAGUGCAAUCACUUCGACAAGGCCGAUGGAAAGAUGCCAUUCGAUUUGAGCUGGUAUCUGAUGGUGGAGUGGGACAAGGUGGGAGUGCUGGUACCCCACAAACGAAUCAAGAUGGUGAAACCGAUUCGGCUGGUCUACGAACUCCUGGACUAAAAAUUCUAUACUGGUUAGAUUUUGACAGAACUUCUGGCACAUCUGACUCUGGAUCAUGCCCAUUUUUGAAAAUUGAACCGGGACCAGAUCUGCAGAUAAAGUGUCUUCAUAGCUCAUUUGUCAUAGAUCCUUUAACUGGCAAGGAGGCAGAAUUUUCCCUUGACCAGAGUUGUAUUGAUGUUGAGAAAUUGCUGCUAAGGGCUAUAUGUUGCUAUAGAUAUACUCGUUUGCUUGAAAUCUACAAAGAGCUGGUGAAAAAUGCUGAGAUCUGUCGGACUGCAGGUGACGUUCUUCUUCAGUGCCAUCCAGAUGAAUCUGAUGUCGGCCAUAAAAAGAAGGAUAACAAAUCAAAUGCCAGGGAAUGUGAAGGGCAGGAAGUAUUGCAUGUUCGUGCCUAUGGCUCCUCAUUUUUCACCCUGGGGAUAAAUAUAAGGAAUGGGCGUUUUCUUCUCCACUCAUCGAAUAACAUUAUUACUCCUUCAGCAGUGGUAGAAUGUGAAGAAGCCCUGAACCAGGGUAGUAUGAUUGCUGCUGAAGUUUUUAUAAGAUUGAGAAGCAGAAGUAUUUUGCACUUAUUUGCAUGUAUUGGCAGGUUUAUAGGCCUGGAGGUUUAUGAACAUGGCUUUGCUGCAGUGAAGGUUCCCAAGAACAUUUUGAAUGGUCAAAAUUCGUUGCUGAUGGGAUUUCCAGAUUCUGGGAGCUCGUAUUUUUUGCUAAUGCAGCUUGAUAAGGAUUUUAAACCCAUCUUCAAAUUGCUUGAGACUCAGGCCGAUCCAUCAGGAAAAGAUCAUUCUUCUUGUGACUUGCACAAUUUUAUCCGCUCAAAGAAUGUGGACAUUGGUCUGAUUCAGAUGCAUGAAGAUGAAGUCAACCUGAGCCUUCUUGACUUUGGAAAACUGCUUUCACUUUCACCUAAUUCCGUUAGUGCUAAUCAGACUUCUGGACAAGGUCUUCUCUCUGAGAUCACCCUAGAAGGUUCUAUGCUUGGUUCGGGAAAUCUUCCAUCAAGUUUCUCUUCUAUCGUUGACGAAGUAUUUGAGCUUGAGAGAGGGUCAUCUGCCCCUUUUUCUAUUCAGGGCCCCUCUUCAUCAUUCAAUACAUCUGUUGCUUUGCCUCUUGGCUCUGGUCCGGCGAAUUUUCGAAGUAUAAAAGGUGGAACCUCAGCACACAUCAGCAAUGUUCCUAAAGUUACUAGUGGAUCUCCCAAUUAUAGUGGAGCCAUUUAUUCUUCAAGCAAUUUGAAGGGCAUCAUUCAGACUCUUCCUGUCAGUUCACCAUCUUCCGGUCCAGCAAGGGGUGCAACUUUGAAAAAACUAUCUGCUUCCAAGUCUGAUCAGGAUCUAUCUAAAAUUAGAUCUGCACAUUCUGCUGAUUCUUCUGCCACAAUUGAUGAAGAUCAGCUGAAUGCUUCUGGAAAUAGGUCAUCUCGAUUAUUAUCCCCACCAAGACUGACUGGCCCCCGAGUAUCUGUGCCAAUUGCAAAACCUAUUGGGCCCAUAAACUCAACUGCGACUGUGGAUGGAUCAUUUAAAGUUUCUGGAUCUAGCUCCUGGGCUACAACUACCGAAUCCGAAAGACCAGAUCUUGCUGUUAGUCCUACCUCAAGUCUCGAUGCUGUCAAAAGGUCACGAAAGCGUACUGUGUCAGAUAUGUUGAACUUGAUUCCAUCACUUCUGGAGGAUUAUUCUGGUUUUUGUAAGAGGAGGAAAAUUACAGAAUCGGGAUUCAAGCAACAGAUUUCACCACAUGCACUCUUUACAUCUGUUGGCAAACCUGAAGGUUACAGCUAUGCAAGUCUAAUUGCCGAAGCAAAUAAAGGAAAUGCACCCUCUAGCAUAUAUGUAUCAGCCCUUCUUCAUGUUAUUAGGCACUGCUCACUUUGUAUCAAGCAUGCCCGACUAACUAGCCAGAUGGAUGCACUUGACAUUCCUUAUGUUGAAGAAGUAGGUCUAAGAAAUGCAUCCUCAAACUUAUGGUUCCGGCUCCCAUUUGCAAGAGGCGAUACAUGGCAACAUAUAUGCUUGCGACUUGGUCGACCUGGAAGCAUGUGUUGGGAUGUUAAAAUAAAUGACCAGCACUUCAGGGACUUGUGGGAACUUCAGAAGGGGAGCAAUACUACUCCAUGGGGUUCUGGAGUUCGUAUUGCCAAUACAUCUGACGUGGAUUCUCACAUCCGUUAUGAUCCGGAAGGUGUGGUUUUGAGUUAUCAUUCUGUGGAGGCAGAUAGCAUAAAGAAGUUAGUUGCAGAUAUCCAGCGGCUCUCUAAUGCUAGAAUGUUUGCACUUGGAAUGCGAAAACUGCUUGGGGUAAGACCAGAUGAUAAAGGGGAAGAAGGCGGUGCAAACUCUGACGGUAAAGCCCCACCUAGUGUUAAGGGUGCAGUAGAGACAACUGAUAGAUUUUCAGAACAUAUGAGGAGGGUUUUCCGAAUUGAGGAUGUAGGGCUUAUGAGUUUGUGGUUUAGCUUUGGUUCAGUUGGUUCAGGGGUCCUUGCUCGUUUUGUUGUAGAGUGGGAGUCUAGUAAAGAGGGCUGCACAAUGCAUGUUUCUCCUGACCAGCUUUGGCCUCAUACCAAGUUUCUUGAAGACUUUAUAAACGGCGCUGAAGUUGCAUCCCUUCUGGAUUGCAUUCGUCUCACUGCUGGCCCCUUGCAUGCUCUGGCAGGAGCAACUCGGCCCGCAAGGGCAGGUUCCGCUUCAGGGAUUCCUGGUGUCACAACACCAAUCUCUGUUGGUGGGAAACAGAGUGGGUACCCACAACACCAGAGCCAAUUGCAUAGUAAUUCAACUACAAAUGGUAGUCAGGCGCCAACUGCCAUUGGAGGGAAUCCUAUACAAUCCACUGCUGCCGCCUCUCUUGGGAAUCACAAUCUUCAUGGGGCUGUAAUGCUGGCUGCUGCUGGGCGGGGGGGCCCUGGCAUUGUUCCUAGCUCACUGUUGCCCAUAGAUGUCUCUGUCGUACUUCGUGGACCCUAUUGGAUCCGUAUAAUAUACCGCAAAAACUUUGCAGUUGACAUGCGUUGCUUUGCUGGAGACCAGGUCUGGUUGCAACCAGCAACACCCCCCAAGGUGGGUCACUCAAUGGGAGGUUCAUUACCAUGCCCACAGUUUCGACCUUUCAUUAUGGAGCACGUUGCUCAGGAAUUAAAUGGUUUGGAGCCUAAUUUUGCUGGUGGUCAACCGACAGUUGGGAUGCCAAAUCCAAAUAGUCCGAAUCCAAGUUCGGUGCAGCUGUCAACUUCCGGUGUAAACAGAGUCAACCUCUCAAAUCCGGGUGGAAUUCCUAGAGCAGGAAAUCAAGUCUCUGGUCCUAACCGUAUGGGGAAUGCUCUUUCGGCAUCCCCAAAUUUAUCAGUUGUGAGUGCAGGCUUGCCUAUUCGUAGAUCACCAGGUGCAGGUGUCCCUGCUCAUGUGAGAGGGGAGUUAAAUACGGCAAUUAUUGGACUUGGGGAUGAUGGAGGAUAUGGUGGUGGAUGGGUCCCUCUUGUUGCACUAAAGAAAGUUCUUAGAGGAAUUCUCAAGUACCUUGGAGUGCUUUGGCUAUUUGCACAAUUACCUGAUCUCUUGAAAGAGAUCCUAGGGUCAAUUUUGAAGGACACUGAAGGUGCACUGUUAAAUUUGGACCAGGAACAGCCAGCCCUGCGAUUCUUUGUGGGAGGUUAUGUAUUUGCUGUAAGUGUCCACAGAGUCCAACUUCUUCUCCAAGUCCUCAGUGUGAAGCGCUUCCAUCAUUCGCAGCAACAGCAGCAAAACACAGCUGUUGCUCAAGAGGAGUUAACGCAAUCCGAAAUAGGCGAGAUAUGCGAUUAUUUCAGCCGGCGUGUUGCGUCAGAACCCUACGACGCUUCACGUGUUGCAUCAUUCAUUACCCUUCUUACUUUACCAAUUUCCGUUUUACGUGAGUUCUUGAAACUCAUAGCGUGGAAAAAGGGAUUAGCUCAGUCGCAAGGCGGAGAUACUGCCCCUGCCCAAAAACCCCGCAUUGAACUCUGUCUUGAAAAUCACGCCGGAUUGAAUGUCGACGGCAACUCUGAGAAUUUAUCCGCAACAAAAAGCAAUAUUCAUUUCAACAAGCCACACAACUCGGUCGAUUUUGCCCUCACUGUGGUUCUGGAUCCUACCCACAUACCCCACAUAAAUGCCGCCGGCGGAGCUGCUUGGUUGCCCUACUGUGUUUCUGUGAGGUUGAGAUAUUCGUUUGGCGAAAAUCCAAAUGUGUCUUUUCUUGGGAUGGAAGGAAGCCAUGGAGGUCGAGCUUGCUGGUUGCAGGUUGAUGAUUGGGAGAAGUGUAAACAAAAGGUUGGUACAACUGUGGGAAUGAAUUUAACUGCGGGGGAUAUUAGUCAGGGAAGGUUGAGAAUAGUUGCAGAUAGUGUGCAGAGAACCUUGCAUUUCUGCCUUCAAGGAUUGAGGGAUGGCAGUGGGGUUACUACAAGUUCUGGAGCAUCAUAGAGAAAUUUAUGGGGAUGGAAAAUGGUGAGGGAACCCUUUUACUUUUAUGCCCAUGACUGAGAAAGGGCUGGGAACAAUUGGACAAGCCAGGUUUACAAGGGAGUAGAUAUCGUACCUGUGGCCUAAUAUUACUUACGUAUUGUUAGUUGGCUACUCUAGGACUGGGGAAACUUCUUGUACAAUUGUUUUGAGAAAGGAUGUUUAGUGCUUGUCGAAUUUUCUAAGAUGGUGGUUUUGCUUGUACAGGUCACUCUACUGAUUAAUCCCAAUUUUGUACAGAAUUUGUUUAGCAGCUAUCAAGGAUAAAUGACCUUACAUAGCUUUUAAUUUUACCUUGGAAUUUGUAUUAGUUCAUUUGUAGGAUAUACUGGAUUCCUCAACAGAACUUCAAUGGUUUUAUGUUAUAACCGCAUCAGGAGCUUUUUCGAGUGAAGCUUCCUUCAGCUCCAAUAACAUUUUAAGGACAA